AUGCUGGCCCCGUCGGCCCAGGAGACAGCGGUCCCGAUGUCCCAGACCGAGGCCGACCUGGCCCUGCAGCCCCCACCGCCUCUCGCCGCCGUGGGGCAGCCCCGCCUCGGGCCCCCUCCUCGCCGGGCGCGCCGCUUCUCCGGGAAGGCUGAGCCCCGGCCCCGUUCUUCCCGCCUCAGCCGCCGCAGCUCAGUCGACUUGGGGCUGCUGAGCUCUUGGUCCCAGCCAGCCUCAUCUGUUCCGGAGCCCCCAAGUCCUCCGGACUCUACUGGUGCCUGCCCGGUGAGGAGCCCAGCGCCCAACUCCGAAGAGCCCCCCGAGGGCAUGUGCACCGGGGGAGCCCCGGUGAAGGCUGCAGACUCUGCUUCCGAACUCGCGGGCUCCGCAGGAGUCCUGGGGUCUGGGGAGCCACCGAGGCUCCCCGAAGUCACAGCCCGAGAGCGGCGGCGGGAGCUGGAGGAGAAGGAGGACACGGAGACACAGGCUGUGGCGACGUCCCCAGACGGUCGAUACCUCAAGUUUGACAUCGAGAUUGGACGUGGCUCCUUCAAGACUGUGUAUCGAGGGCUGGACACGGACACCACGGUGGAGGUGGCCUGGUGUGAGCUGCAGACUCGGAAGCUGUCUCGGGCUGAGCGUCAGCGUUUCUCGGAGGAGGUGGAGAUGCUCAAGGGACUGCAGCACCCCAACAUCGUUCGCUUCUAUGACUCGUGGAAGUCAGUGCUGAGGGGCCAGGUUUGCAUCGUGCUGGUCACCGAACUCAUGACCUCGGGCACGCUCAAGACGUACCUGAGGAGGUUCCGCGAGAUGAAGCCACGAGUCCUUCAGCGCUGGAGCCGUCAAAUCCUGCGGGGGCUUCAUUUCCUACACUCCCGGGUUCCCCCCAUACUGCACCGGGAUCUCAAAUGUGACAAUGUCUUUAUCACUGGCCCCUCGGGCUCGGUCAAGAUUGGGGACCUGGGCCUGGCUACGCUCAAGCGUGCCUCCUUCGCCAAGAGCGUCAUUGGGACCCCGGAGUUCAUGGCCCCCGAGAUGUACGAGGAAAAGUACGAUGAGGCCGUGGACGUGUACGCGUUCGGCAUGUGUAUGCUGGAGAUGGCUACCUCGGAGUACCCGUACUCCGAGUGCCAGAAUGCCGCGCAAAUCUACCGCAAGGUCACUUCGGGCACAAAGCCCAACAGCUUCUACAAGGUGAAGAUGCCAGAGGUGAAGGAGAUCAUUGAAGGCUGCAUCCGCACGGAUAAGAACGAGAGGUUCACAAUCCAGGACCUCCUGGCUCACGCCUUUUUCCGCGAGGAGCGCGGCGUACACGUGGAGCUGGCGGAGGAGGACGACGGCGAGAAGCCAGGCCUCAAGCUCUGGCUGCGCAUGGAGGACGCGCGGCGAGGGGGUCGGCCGCGGGACAACCAGGCCAUUGAGUUCCUCUUCCAGCUGGGCCGGGACGCGGCCGAGGAGGUGGCGCAGGAGAUGGUGGCUCUGGGCUUGGUCUGCGAAGCUGAUUACCAACCAGUGGCCCGAGCAGUACGUGAGCGGGUUGCUGCAAUACAGCGGAAGCGUGAGAAGCUUCGCAAAGCUCGAGGGUUGGAGGCCCUCCCACCCCCACCAGGACCCCCACCAGCAACUGUCCCCAUGGUUCCUGGCCCCCCCAGUGCCUUUCCCCCUGAGCCCGAGGAGCCUGAGGCAGACCAGCACCAGCCCUUCCUCCUUCGCCAUGCCAGCUACUCAUCUACCACCUCGGAUUGUGAGACUGAUGGCUACCUCAGCUCCUCUGGCUUCCUGGAUGCCUCAGACCCUGCCCUUCAGCCCCCUGGGGGGGUGCCAUCCAGCCCCGCUGAGUCCCAUCUCCGCCUGCCCUCGGCUUUUGCUCUAUCCAUUGCACGUUCUAGCCCUGGCAGUGACUUUGCCCCCGGGGACAGCUAUGCCUCUGAUGCAGCAUCAGACCUUAAUGACAUGGGAGAAGGGUCGGGAAGGAUGAGGAGACCUCCAGGGAGAAAUCUCCGCCGCAGACCCCGAUCCCGGCUGCGGGUCACUAAUGUCUUAGACCAGAAUGACAGAGUGGUUGAGUGCCAGCUACAGACACACAACAGCAAGAUGGUGACCUUCCGAUUUGAUCUGGAUGGGGACAGCCCAGAGGAGAUCGCAGCUGCCAUGGUGUAUAAUGAGUUCAUUCUACCCUCGGAGAGAGAUGGAUUCCUGAACCGCAUUCGGGAGAUUAUCCAGCGAGUGGAGACCCUGUUGAGGAGAGACACUGGUCCUGUGGAGGCUGUUGAGGACACUCUGGGCUCCCAGGAGGAGCCAGCACCACUGCCUGUCCUUCCGGGGCCCCUCACAGACCUUUCUAGUGCAGAGCCCCAGAGCAGUACCUCCCUGGAGCAGAGGAGCUGGGCAGUCUUCUCCACCUCCCCAUCUUCUCCUGGAACCUCCCUGCCUCCUGGAAACCCUUUUUGCCCUGGAACUCCUCUUUUCCCAGGUCCCAUCUUCCCCAUCACUUCUCUCCCAUGUCGUCCCAGCCCCUCCCCAUUCCCCCUCAUUUCUUCCCAGGUCUUCUCAUAUCCCCCUCCAUACCCCUCCAGCUCUUCUCCACUUCCACUCUCCUCAAGUGCAUCCCAGUUUCCAAUCCCAUCCUCUCAGUUUCCCCAGAGCUCUCUCCCCCCAAGUUCUCCACCCACAUCCUCUCCCAGUUGUUCCCAGCUCACUCCUAACCCCCCUUCCUUUCCUCCAAGUCCCUCCCUUCCCCCUCUCCCAUCCACCACAGCAGCCCCUCUCCUCUCUCUGGCUAGUGCCUUCUCGCUGGCUGUGAUGACCAUGGCCCAGUCCUUGCUAUCCCCCUCACCUGGGCUCAUUUCCCAGUCUCCUUCAGCCCCUCCUGGGACCCUCCCCAGCCUGCCCUCUCCCCCUUCCCUUGCUCCGUGUGACCAGAAGAGCCCUCUGCCCCUCACAGCUGAGAUGGAGAGUGAGGCCUCCCCAAAUCCUGCUCGGCCAUUCCUGGGUGAAGCCAGACUGGCACCCAUCUCUGAAGAGGGAAAACCCCAGCUUGUUGGGCGUUUCCAAGUGACUUCAUCCAAGGAGCCAGCUGAGCCUCCUCCCCUGCAGCCAACAUCCCCAACACUCUCUGGUGCUCUGAACCCUCCAACCCCUCAGCUGGCCUUGGAGAGCUCAGACACAGAGGACAGUGCUGGAGGCGGGCCAGAGACCAGGGAGGCUCUGGCUGAGAGUGACCGUGCCACUGAGGGCCUAGGGGCUGGAGUUGAGGAGGAGGAAGGGGGCGAUGGAAAGGAGCCCCAAGGAGGGGGCAGCCCCCCUCCCCUGAGCCAUCCCAGCCCCGUGUGGAUGAGCUACUCCUACAGUAGCCUGUGUCUGAGCAGUGAGGACUCAGAGAGCAGUGGGGAGGAUGAGGAGUUCUGGGCUGAGCUUCAGAGUCUUCAGCAAAAGCACUUGUCAGAGGUGGAAGCUCUACAGACACUGCAGAAAAAGGAAAUUGAGGACUUGUACAGUCGGCUCGGGAAGCAGCCCCCACCGGGUAUAGUGGCCCCUGCCGCCAUGCUGUCCAGCCGCCAACGGCGCCUCUCCAAGGGCAGCUUCCCCACCUCGCGUCGCAACAGCCUGCAGCGCUCUGAACCUCCAGGCCCUGGCAUCAUGCGAAGGAACUCUCUGAGUGGCAGCAGCACCGGCUCCCAGGAGCAGCGGGCAAGCAAGGGGGUGACAUUCGCCGGGGAUGUUGGCAGGAUGGUGAGGGCGGGCCCAAGGGAGGGAGAGCCCAGGGAAUGGUAACUGGCUGCAGCUUCACCCUCCUCCCACCCCGGAGGUUUCUUCAGUGUUUUUCUUUUCCCUCCAGUGAAUUCAGAACAGAAGCCAAAUGUCUCCUCUACACCAGGGCGUACCAUGGAGCUCAUGCUCACAGAACCUGCUGCUUUUCUGACUGACACAACUCAGCAAGGAAGAUCCCAGUCCCAGCACUUAGGGGAUGGAAGGCCAGGGGACAUGGAGAGUGUGGGCCCAUUCUAGGGAAGAGUCAGACAGGAGGCUGUUUGCUGUGUGUAGAAGACAGGGGUCAACCACUAAGCAAUCUCACCAAAGCCCAGAUGCUUCUAGAGGGCCUACUCCCAACUGGGUGUUCUCACACACAGCAGCAGCCAAUAAAAAUGCUGGAAACCAUGACUCUGAAUUGUAUCUGUCAUGCUGUAGGAGCUGGGGGCAAAGCCUUGUGGGGUGAGGCAGGGGAGACAUUAGAAGGAACUUUCCUCUCACGAGAGGUGGGGGUGGAAGCUGCUUAGCCUUCUGGCUGCCUGCUAGCAGUUCAUGAGGAAACUACAAGGUCAUGAUCCACUUGACCAGGCCAAGAUCACCUCUAGACUCCGCCCUAGGCCUGCAUAGGCAGGCCCCAGUAGAAGUUAAAAGAAUGAAGACUGCUUGUCCUUCAUCCACCUGUCUCUCUAGGUGUGGGAAAGGCAGUAGAGAGGAAAAAUGAAGUAAAGCAUGUGUUGUUUUUGGCCAUGGAGGACAGAGAGUGACCUUCCUUGUCCCCAGACAUGGUUCAGUCUCAAACAGCCCAGUGACCCGCCGUGAUCUCUCCCUUAAAUCAGGUGGAAAGAUCUCACGGAAAAAGUAAUUCUGGUUAAACAUUUACGGCUCCCUGGGGCAAUGCUACUGCCACAGCUACAGCCUGUGGAGCUUUCCAGCUCAUGAAGUGCCAUGCAGUCUCUCAGCCCCACCACACUCACUUGGCUCCAGGAG